UUGUGAGUUCGGCUCGAUAGGGGGAUGUGAAUUGAAAACACAGACCUGGCAACCUCGUUGACAAUUGCACCUUGAGCAGUAGUAGUGAUGAAACGCCUUAUCACUUCCAACACUGACACGACUUGGGACGUGGGCAGCAGCCCGCUACUAUUCAUUCAGCUCUUCAUGUAAAAGCUGCGGGUGGAAACAGAGAAACGGGUGAGCAGAAAUGUCAGACAGGUAAAAAGAAAGAAAGGAAAAAAAAACUGCGUGACUGAAGCCGCUGAGAUGAGCGACAGAGCCGAGAUGAGAGGCCCCGUAACCCGCCGGAGGAGGACGACCAUCUCCGGGGGUGGCAACGGAGCUAUCGGCGUCAAACAAGCCAACGGGAGCAAGUGCCACGAAGCCGGGGAGAAACCACCGCUGUGUCCGGCUAAAGCGAAAAAAGACGAGGUGGACAGGCAUGCGAGUAAUAAGGGGAAGGUGGACAAACAGACGAGGGUGUCAGGUGAGCAGCAGCUCGCAAACACUCCGAGGAAACAGAGGAGUGCGGUGGAAGAUAUCAACGAGAGACUCAGCUGUCACGUUCUCCAGGAAUCUCUCUUGAGCUCAGCCAGUGGCUACAGCAACUACAGAGGAAUCCUCAAUUGGUGUGUUGUCAUGCUGGUGCUGAGUAAUGCACGCCUCUUCUUGGAGAACAUUAUAAAGUAUGGUAUUUUGGUGGACCCUAUUCAAGUAGUGUCUCUCUUCUUGAAGGACCCUUAUAGCUGGCCAGCAGCUUGCCUCAUCAUUGUGUCUAAUGUGUUCAUCUUGGCAGCCUUGUACACUGAGAGGCGUCUGGCUGUGGGGACCAUUUCUGAAAUGACCGGACUGAUCCUUCACAUUUUUAACCUGACUUCCCUGUUGAUAUUUCCUUCAGCCACUGUGCUCACUGUGCCCUCCAUGACCCCAGUGGGUGGUGUGCUCUCCCUAGGAGUCUACACAGUCUUGUUUCUCAAGCUGUACUCCUACCAAGACACCAACAGGUGGUGUCGAGAAAUCAGACAGGCAAAAGCCAAGAGACUAACACGAUCAUACUCAUGUCCAUCUGUGGCACAGUCCAACGGUUCAGCUGUUCAUGCUCACGUCUCCUACCCAGGCAACCUCACCCACAGAGACAUGUACUACUUUGUCUUUGCCCCAACUCUCUGCUACCAGCUCAACUUUCCGCGGUCAUCUCGAAUACGCAAAAGGUUCCUCAUGAGAAGACUUUUUGAAAUGCUUUUCUUCACACAGCUGUUGGUGGGAUUGAUACAGCAGUGGAUGGUACCCACCAUACAGAACUCAAUGAAACCAUUUCAGGAAAUGGACUUUUCUAGGAUGAUGGAGCGCCUCCUAAAGUUAGCUGUCCCUAACCAUCUGAUAUGGUUAAUAUUCUUCUAUUGGUUUUUCCACUCUUCUAUGAACUUUGUGGCAGAGCUGCUGCAGUUCGGAGACAGAGAGUUCUAUAAAGACUGGUGGAACUCUGAGACUGUCACAUAUUUCUGGGCCAACUGGAAUAUCCCAGUUCACAAGUGGUGUCUGAGACACUUUUACAAGCCAAUGUUGAGGAAGGGGAUCAACAAGUUUUGUGCUCAAACCGCUGUCUUCCUGGUGUCGGCUUUCUUCCACGAGUACCUGGUGAGUGUUCCUCUGAAGAUGUUCCGACUGUGGGCCUUUAUGGGAAUGAUGGCUCAGGUUCCUCUGGCCUGGUUUGUGAGUCGUUUCCUAAAUGGAAACUAUGGCAACGCUGCUGUGUGGAUCUCCCUCAUCAUUGGCCAGCCUGUCGCUGUGUUGAUGUACGUUCAUGACUACUACGUCAUUCAUUAUGGGGGCACCACAUAGUACGGCAUAAAAGCUUAAGCAGUCACUCACAUAAACAUGUGCAAGUCAUGUUGUAUGCACACACACACACACACACACACCAGCCUGCAGGACAAUUCAAUGAGUAAAUGCAGACAAGUAUGAAGAAGCUCUGCUAAUAUGAACCCAACAGGAGAAUUAUUUUUGACUUCUUGAUUUUUGCACUAAAUAGAAAUGACCCAGAGGAUAUCAGGAACUUGUUCUAACAACAGGAGGAGUGCCUGGUUUAAAGGGGUAUUCCACUUUAUUUUCGGCCAAUAUCAGUGGGUGAUGAUUCAAACAAAGGUUCAGUGCAUUUAAUAACACUUUUCCGCCUGACCUUCAACAAAAUGUUGAUGAACUAUAUAUUGAAGUGCUUUUAAAGUGGAAACAGUGUUUUUAACCAGGCACUGCUCGAGUUUUGGAAACAAAUGUGAACCACUGCCGAGCAAGCAGAAGCCAGGACGGGAUCCUGCUUCUGUAGAGCCUAUAUGAACAUGCUGUUUCUAUGUUUCUGUGGUUGAAAAGUCACUUUUUACUUGUUUCCAAAGGCAACAGUGUUAUUAUGAAGCCAGAUUAACAGUUUGUUUCUCCAUGCUAAGGCUUCAAAAUUCCAAUUUCCAAUGUAGGCUGUCUCGAGGUGUUAAAAUUGACCACAGUAACAAUUUAUUUUUUACAAGUAUUCUGUAUAAGACACUCUUUUUGAAGCAACGAGGUUGUUGAGUAUUACAGAUAUUUAUAAUAAAAAAGAUUUGUUAAACAAUUGUGGCCAAAGGCAGGAAACUAAAGACUGAUAAGGACCUUACUUGUACAGUCAUGGACCUCCAGGCAACCUCCUCUCUUCUAUUUCUCAACUACAAAACAUCAAUGCAAGCUCUAAGUGUAUCAGUACAUGCUACAGAUGUGUUGUCUGCCUUGGCUUUAUUGUAUUUUUUUGUAUUGCAUUUGACUUAUCAGGUUUUAUUUUAUACGUUGUACAGCUGCAUCUGUCUGCAGUUAUGUUUUGCCAUCUAGAAAUUAUAAUUUUACGGUGUAUUUUAUUUACAAUCAGUGAUUUGCUGCAGUAGGUGAUUUACAGAUUUUGAACCAAUGAAUGUCUUUUGCACUUUAAAGAGAUGCAUGCUGUCGACUAAAGCAAUAGAUUUAUAUGAAUGUAUUCUUUAAGUUAUAGCAAUCAUGUAAGGAAAAUAUGUUUUGUUAAAAUGAUUUGUAUAUUUUGUUAUUUGCUUGUUGACAGUUUGUUAUGUGAGGGGUUGUUCCAAAGAGAAACAGCAGCUGCAGCGGUGAUGAGUUUCAAACAGCGGUUUCAUGCCACAUUUUUUUCAGUAUCUAUAUCCUUAAAUUCUGAAGAGUCUUGAUUUAAAAGCUAUUACAGCGUUGCCAAUAGGGAUUUUGCCAUAUCAGAGUUAUUAUAGAAAGAUUUCUUUGUGUUUGUUUUUUUCUUUUAAUAUAUUCCUCUUUUCUUUCCCUAUACCUGACCACAUUUAAGGCAUAACGCUGUUGUUAAAUCAUAACACCAGUUCUCAAAAAGACAGAAGAUCCUUAUUGAAAUUCAUACGUGCCUGCUGGUGAAAAAAAUGCUUACUCAACACGUACAAACAUUUCAUACCAAUACAUGGAACAGGCACAAGCCAAUACUAUUGAAGCAAAGAAAUGUGCUUCUCUUUAAUCAAAAAUUCACACUGCAUUUAUAUCUAUGAUGUCUUCUAGUAUUUACUGCCCUUGCUUCAAAUUCUUUUUCCAAGUUUAACGCUACGGCAGUAUGACCUUUUUUCAAAUGGUAAUUUUUAAAUCAGCUGAUGUUGUUAAUAAGGGCCUUAUGUAAACCUUAUCCCGUUAUUGGUAUUUCAGCGCACAAAUGACAGCUUUAUAUAUCCUCCAAUCUGACCUGACUUUUGUCAACACAUGUGACCCAGUUUAAAACCUGUGUUGCAGGAGUGAGUGUGUGACAUUUGUUCAGUCUUUCGUUUUUAUAGAGUGAACAUCUGAGGAUGAUUGCCGAAGCAGCAGAUGUAGCAACAAUGCCUUGAGUACCACAUUUGCAUCUCAUCUAUCUCAGUGCCAAAAUGCACACUGGUGCAGUGGAAAGACUUGACCACUAAAAGAUUAAAAUGAGUGAGUCUAUGACAGAAUAUCCUUGCAGAGACCUUAAAUGGUAAUUUCAACUCGUACUUUAAUGGUGCAGUUAAUUUUGUUAUGGUUUUCAUUUGCAUGACUCUCCAUGUUUACUUAUAAUUAUACCUGGCUUUUUUUUUCUAAUAUUGCAAGAAGGAAAAUUCAGAGUCACAGUGUUUAUGCUCAAGAAGGGGAUAUCAAAAUUCUUCCCCAGUUUGUUUGUCAUGUUAUCUUGUUCUCCUGAAACCCCUUGACCUUACUGCAUUUGGAAAAUGUGUUGAAGAUGCAGCUUUAAGUACAUUUUGUUAGUGGAUGAUUGUUUGAUGCAACAUUUAGUGAAAUGUAUGUAUUGCUGAUCUGUUCAUACUGUAUACAGAAAUCCAAAGUGAAUCAAAGAUGAUAUGUUUUGGGAAUGCAAAUCAUUUUCAUAGCCUUUCACUUGAGAUUAUUUGUGUUGUUUGAUAAAGAUUAUUUAUAUUUGAUGAA